AUGUUGUACCAGAGAAAAAAGGGCAGGUUUGACGCAUCUUAUCCUCCUGCUAAGUUUGCUGUAAACGCCAGUAGCCCUUAUUUUAUUGGAAAACACAAAAUGUCUCGUAAGCGCAUUGAAAAGCGCGAGAAUCUCUUGUCGUCCUACGGUUUUGGCGGUGAUGGGUUCAAGGCAGGAACACAGGCGGAGACAAGCAGUCGUGAUGAAGGUGCUCCCAAAUUCCCAUUGGUAACCCGUUCUUCGUCUGUUGCUGCAGGAUCAUUAAACGCUAGUAAUGGCCUAGCUUUCGACUUUAGCAAUGAUCCAAAGCUUCGGCGAGUCCGUGAAGUCAUAGUAUCUAUUGUCGAUUCC